GCGUCUGUUGAGGCAGCGGCUGCUGCGCUUUGUGCGUCCUCUGUUUGCCACCUGUGCCGAUGGAGCAGUCCGUGCGUUUCAUGGAAUAAUUUGCACACUCGCGACGCCCUUUUCUUCCUGUGUCUGGAUUUGCAUUGUUUUUCAUUUAUUUUGCAUCAUCUUAAAGUUGUGAUGAUGCCUCCGCUCAACAUUUGGGAUUGGUAAAAGCCUUCUGUAUACGAGGAGGGUGACAGCAUCAUUCGCAUGUGAUUGAACAAUCUACCGUCUCUCAGGAAGUGGAUAAAACAUGGACUAAUAUCUUUUUUAUACAUUCACCAUGGGAUUAUUACAGCUCUUUCUGGUCCUCGGCACAUUCUGCGCCUCCUCAGUUGCAGGUUUUGGUGUUGACCCUGCCCUGCGCAUCAGCGUGUUUGAUGAACUAACACUUGGAGAAGGUUUUGAUGGAGUUACUCAGGUCCAGGGCUUCCACAGCGAGUCUCGAGCUUUUCACUUCCAAGGGUCCUCCAGGGAAGUAAAGGCUCCUGCUGAGGUGUCUGAGCAAAUGGUGCAUAAGCUGAGAGGCAAGAAUGAGUUUACUGUGCUGGUGACCCUCAAACAGGAUCACCUCAACUCUGGGGUCAUCCUCUCCAUACAUCACUCCGAGCACAGGUUUCUGGAGCUGGAGAGCAGUGGCCAGCGCAGCGAGGUGCGUCUUCACUACCGCACCAAAGGCCAGCAGGCCCACACUGAGGUGUUCCCUUACAGCCUGGCUGACGACCAGUGGCACAAGGUCUCUGUGGCCGUCAGUGCCUCUCACGUCAUACUGCAUGUUGACUGCAAUAGGUUUGUUGUGUGUCGCUGUGUCCAGGGGGUGAUGCAGGACGUGGAGAUCGUGGUGAUGCCACAGGGUUACAUCUCACAGUGUCCGGACCUGAACAGAACUUGCCCAACCUGCAAUGAUUUCCAUGGACUUGUGCAGAAAAUCAUGGAGCUGCAGGACAUCCUUGCUAAAACCUCCAGCAAGCUGUCCAGGGCAGAGGAGAAGAUGAAUGGACUGGAUGGCUGCUAUUGUGAGAGAACCUGCAGUGUCAAGGGGGUCGUCUACAGGGAGGACGAGGGCUGGACAGAUGGCUGCAGGAACUGCACAUGCACGGUGGGGCCUGUCUGCAUGUUCGGUGGAAGGGAGCUGGUGGAGGCUGAUCGGAAGGCUGUGCGCGACUCCUCUGGCCGGUGCCUGCUGUUUGAGUGCAGGGACAGGACGAUGCAUCGAGUGGUCCCCAGUGAGCCUUGUCCUGAGCUCAACUGUCCAGAGUCGGAGCAGAUCACCUUGACUGACAGAUGCUGUAAAGUCUGCAGAGGUCAUGACUUUUGCUCAGAGGGCCAUGGCUGCGUGGAGCAUUCAGACUGUGUGAACCUGGAGGCAGGAGACUGCUGUGUUUGUAAGGAUGGCUUCCGCCCACUUCGAGACGAUAAUGCCUACUGUGAAGAUAUUGAUGAGUGCGCUGAAGGGAAGCACUACUGCAGGGAGAACACCAUGUGUGUUAAUACCCCCGGCUCCUUCAUGUGCAUCUGCCAUACUGGUUACAUCAGGAUUGAUGACUAUUCCUGCACAGAGCAUGAUGAGUGCCUCAGCGGACUCCACAACUGUGACGAUAACGCCUUGUGCUUCAACAUGGUUGGAGGCCACAGUUGCUCCUGUAAGCCCGGCUACACUGGGAAUGGAACAGUGUGCAAAGCUAUGUGUGACGGCUUGUGCCAGAACGGAGGAACCUGCGUCUCACCUAACAACUGCGUUUGCCAGCAAGGAUUUACUGGGAAGAGAUGCGAGACAGAUAUUGAUGAGUGUGCGGACGGCUUUGUGGAGUGUGAUAGCAAAUCUACUUGUGUCAACUUGCCCGGCUGGUACCACUGUGAGUGCCGCGAUGGCUACCAUGACAACGGCUUGUUUUCUGCCAGUGGGGAAUCGUGUGUAGACAUUAAUGAAUGCAAGACUGGGAGGAACACCUGUGCCAAUGACACAGUGUGCUUCAACUUGGACGGAGGCUACGACUGCCGGUGCCCCCACGGGCACAACUGCACCGGCGACUGUAUCCAUGACAACAAGGUUAAGCACAGUGGGCAGAUCUGGGUGCUGGACAGCGAUAGGUGCUCCGUGUGCUCCUGUCAGGCCGGCCAAGUCAUGUGCCGCAGGAUGGUCUGCGACUGCGACAACCCCAACGCCGACCUGUUCUGCUGCCCCGAGUGUGACCCUCGCCUGAGCAGCCAGUGUCUGCACCAGAACGGCCUGCUCACCUACGGCAGCGGGGACACGUGGGUGGAGAACUGCCAGCAGUGUCAGUGCCUGCAAGGGCAGGUGGACUGCUGGCCUCUGCCGUGUCCACCAGUUGACUGUGAGUUUACUGUGGUGCCCGAGGGCGAGUGCUGUCCCCGCUGUGUCACCGACCCCUGCCUGGCCGACACCAUCCGCAACGACAUCACCAAGACGUGCACGGACGAGCACAACAUCUCACGCUUCAGUGGCUCCUCCUGGAUCAAACAUGGCACCGAGUGCACUCUGUGCCAGUGCAAGAAUGGACACAUCUGUUGCUCAGUGGACCCCAUGUGCCUUUAGUCCUGGCAGAUCUGAAGGCACCUGUACAGUGUUUUCCAUGUAAAAAAAACAAAAAAUAGUAUCACCGCCCCAAUGUCUCUUCACUCUCCUCCUCACAGGCGUGGGUCAAACAGUGUUUGCAUAUUAGGAUUGGAGUUAGUGCUAAACCAGAUGGAUGGGAGUAACUGACCAUAUAACUUCACAUUGUAGGAUACAGACAAAUGUACAAAUUUACCCUUCAGGUACUUUUCCGCUGGUUUCAUUUUACUAUAUUCUACAUGGUGAUCUCCACCCACCUGGUACCUCAUUGAAAAGCAUUAAAAGUGUUAUGGCAAAUACUCUUGUGACCCGCGUCUGCCUCCUAAACUCUUCUUUAUACCAAAUGCAAAUCUAUAUCAUACCAAACAGACGAUGGACUACAGUUCCCUCAAACCCACUCUCUCUCUGUUCCGUCUCAACACGUAGAGUGAACCUUUAAGGAUCACAUUCCCCUCCCACUCUGAAUCAUCGCCACAUGAAUCUGUAAGAUAUUACUAUUACUGGCAUGACUGUGCUUGAUGUCCAGACAUUUUUGCUGAUUUCUAAAUUCUUAAUGAUGAUGAUGAUACCUUAGGUAGAGUACAGGCCGUUAGCAUAAGGUUUCGUUGAAACAUUUAUGAGUCGUCUAUAUUAUGUGGUGCUUUGUAGAUUUUGGUUCCAUUUCUCUUUUUUGUAAUUUUUUUUCUUUCCAAGCUUGUUAUUGUGUAAUAGUGGAAUAAAGUA